GGGGCGGGGGGAGCGCGCCAGCCGCCGAGCGUGGGGGGCGAUGGCGAAGCUCCGGGUGGCUUACGAGUACACGGAAGCCGAGGACAAGAGCAUCCGGCUCGGCUUGUUUCUCAUUAUCUCCGGCGUCGUGUCGCUCUUCAUCUUUGGCUUCUGCUGGCUCAGUCCCGCGCUGCAGGAUCUGCAAGCCACGGCCGCCAACUGCACGGUGCUGUCGGUGCAGCAGAUCAGCGAGGUGUUCGAGUGCACCUUCACCUGUGGCGCCGACUGCAGGGGCACCUCGCAAUACCCCUGCGUCCAGGUCUACGUGAACAACUCGGAAUCCAACUCCAGGGCGCUACUGCACAGCGACGAGCAUCAGCUCCUUACCAACCCCAAGUGCUCCUAUAUUCCUCCCUGUAAGAGAGAAAAUCAGAAGAACUUGGAAAGUGUCAUGAAUUGGCAACAGUACUGGAAAGAUGAGAUUGGUUCCCAGCCAUUUACUUGCUAUUUUAACCAAUAUCAAAGACCAGAUGACGUGCUCCUGCAUCGUACGCAUGAUGAGAUUGUCCUCCUGCACUGCUUCCUCUGGCCCCUAGUGACAUUUGUGGUGGGCGUUCUCAUUGUGGUUCUAACCAUCUGUGCCAAGAGCCUGGCAGUCAAGGCAGAAGCCAUGAAGAAGCGCAAGUUCUCUUAAAUGGGAUAGCCUUAUGGGAAGCAAAGCACAGAAGCUGCACGCCUGGGCACAUGUCCACCUGCAGAGCCCGUGUUUCCUGGAGCAGGAGAUGGAAGGGGCCGAGACAGGUCUCCGAGAGCCUCCUCCCUCAGUGGCAGCAGAAACAGGCACAACUGGAAGACUUGGAACCUCAUAGCUUAUAUUCCAUGUGUCGUAGCAAUGGCUAAAGGGUCAAGCUCUUAGCUAUAUGGAGUAACUGUUUCAGAAAACCCUAUAAGAAGUUGAUUUUCUUUGGAAAGUAACAGUAUAUUAUUUGUAUAGUGUAGUAUACAAACCAUUAUGAUUUAUGCUACUUAAGAAUAUUAAAAUAAGAGUGGUCUGUGUA